GGGUCUAACGGAGCGUGUUGUUGAGUCGCUAACCCGCUAACCCGCUAACCCGCUAACCCGACCCGGGUCCCUGGUCCAAGUCCUCAUGGGGGAUUUCUGGGGGGGCAUCACCGGCCGGAGGACUUCCAGAACCAGCAGAACCAGGCUGGGCAACGAUGACGAGGCCGUCCUGGAUCAGGGAAAGACCAGCUCAACUCUCCACACCAACUUUGAGAAGGAGGAACUGGAGAGCCACAGGGCCGUCUACGUGGGCGUCCACGUCCCUCUGGGACGCCAGACCCGGAGGAGACACCGUCACCGAGGACACCGACACCACCGGAGACGCCGGGGACGCCUGGACCGGGAGGACGAGGACGAGGAGUCCCCCGCUUACGACACGCCGUCCCAGCGCGUCCGGUUCAUCCUGGGGACGGAGGACGAGGACGAGCAGCACGUCCCCCACCAUCUGUUCACGGAGCUGGACGAGCUGGACUUCAGGGACGGAGACGAGACGGAGUGGAGGGAGACGGCCCGGUGGUUAAAGUUUGAGGAGGACGUGGAGGACGGCGGCGACCGCUGGAGUAAACCUUACGUAGCGACUCUGUCGCUGCACAGUCUGUUUGAGCUGCGAUCCUGCAUCCUGAACGGAACGGUGCUGCUGGACAUGAGGGCCGGAGGGAUGGACGAGAUAGCAGACAUGCUGAUUGACAGCCUGGUGGCGUCGGGCCAGCUGGACCACGCCCUCCGGGACCAGGUGAGGGCGGCCAUGUUGAAACGUCACCACCACCAGAACGAGAAGAAGCUGAGCAACCGGAUCCCGCUGGUCCGAUCCUUCGCCGACAUCGGCAAGAAGCACUCGGACCCGCACCUGCUGGAGCGCAACGGGCUGCUAGCGUCGCCCCAGUCGGCCCCCGGGAACCUGGACAGCAAACAUGAGGGUCGUGCUAACGGCGGCAGCCGCGAGAACAGCAGCGUCGACUUCAGCAAGGUGGACAUGUCCUUCAUGAGGAAGAUCCCCCCCGGGGCCGAGGCGUCCAACGUCCUGGUUGGUGAGGUGGAUUUCCUGCAGCAGCCGAUCAUCUCCUUCAUCCGUCUGGCCCCGGCGGUGCUGCUGACGGGGCUGACGGAGGUCCCGGUUCCUACCAGGUUCCUGUUCCUGCUGCUUGGCCCCCUGGGAAAAGGACCGCAGUACCACGAGAUCGGCCGCUCCAUCGCCACGCUGAUGUCGGACGAGGUCUUCCACGACGUGGCCUACAAGGCCAAGGACCGGCUGGACCUGCUGUCGGGCAUCGACGAGUUCCUGGACCAGGUGACGGUCCUUCCCCCCGGGGAGUGGGACCCGAGCAUCCGGAUCGACCCGCCCAAGAGCGUCCCAUCUCAGGAGAAGAGGAAGCUGCCGCCGCCCCCCAACGGCUCCGCCCCCGGACGGGAGGCGGGGCAGGAGGCCGGGCAUGACCCCGGACCGGAGCUGCAGAGGACUGGCAGGUUCUUCGGGGGUCUGGUCCAGGACGUGCGGAGAAAGACUCCUUCCCUGCUGAGCGACGUCCGCGACGGCGUCAGCCUGCAGUGUUUGGCGUCGGUGCUGUUCCUGUACUGCGCCUGCAUGUCGCCCGUCAUCACCUUCGGAGGCCUGCUGGGGGAGGCCACCCGGGGCAACAUCAGUGCCAUCGAGUCCCUGCUGGGGGCGUCCCUCACCGGCGUCACCUACUCUCUCUUCUCCGGCCAGCCGCUCACCAUCCUGGGCAGCACCGGCCCAGUUCUGGUCUUCGAGAAGAUCCUGUUCCGCUUCUGCAGCGAGUACCAGCUGUGCUACCUGUCCCUGCGGACCAGCAUCGGCCUGUGGACGGCCUUCCUGUGUCUGGUCCUGGUUGCCACGGACGCCAGCGCGCUGGUCUGCUACAUCACCCGCUUCACCGAGGAGGCCUUCGCCGCGCUCAUCUGCAUCAUCUUCAUCUACGAGGCCCUGGAGAAGCUGCUGCACCUGGGGGAGCUGUUCCCCGUCAACCCGGGCCUGGACCUGGACAACCUCACCUUCUACACGUGCCGCUGCUCGGUUCCCUCCAACGUCUCGGCCGACGUCCUGCAGGUCUGGAGGACGAAGAACGUGACGCCAGAAUCCGUGGAUUGGGAGACGCUGGACGUGAAGAACUGCCUGGACCUCGGCGGGGUCUUCGUGGGUCCGGCCUGCGGUCCAGGAGGUCCCUACGUCCCCGACGUCCUCUAUUGGUCCGUCAUCCUCUUCUUCACCACCUUCUUCCUGUCCUCCUUCCUCAAGCAGUUCAAGACCCGGAGAUACUUCCCCACCAAGGUCCGGUCCACCGUCAGCGACUUCGCCGUCUUCCUGACCAUCAUGGCGAUGGUUCUGCUGGACUUCCUGGUGGGGGUUCCGUCCCCCAAGCUCAGCGUCCCGGACCGGUUCCAGCCCACCUCCAGCACCCGUGGGUGGCUCAUCUCCCCGCUGGGCCCAAACCCCUGGUGGACGCUGCUAGCCGCCGCCGUGCCGGCGCUGCUCUGCACCAUCCUGGUGUUCAUGGACCAGCAGAUCACGGCCGUCAUCGUCAACCGCAAGGAGAACAAGCUCAAGAAAGGCGGCGGCUACCACCUGGACCUGCUGGUGGUAGCGCUGAUGCUAGGCGUGUGCUCCGUCAUGGGCCUGCCCUGGUUCGUGGCCGCCACCGUUCUCUCCAUCUCGCACGUCAACAGCCUGAAGCUGGAGUCGGGCUGCGCCGCGCCGGGCGAGCAACCGCGGUUUCUGGGCAUCCGGGAGCAGCGCGUCACCGGAUUCAUGAUCUUCCUGCUCAUGGGCUGCUCCGUGUUCAUGACGUCAGCGCUGAAGUUCAUCCCGAUGCCGGUGCUGUACGGAGUCUUCCUGUACAUGGGGGUGUCGUCGCUCAAGGGCAUCCAGCUCUGGGACCGGAUCCGCCUGCUCUUCCAGCCGCCCAAGCACCAGCCGGACCUGAUCUACCUGCGCUACGUCCCUCUCUGGAAGGUCCACGUCUUCACGGCCGUCCAGCUGUUCUGUCUCAUCGUCCUGUGGGUCAUCAAGGCCUCGGCGGCCGCCGUGGUCUUCCCCAUGAUGGUUCUGGCUCUCGUCUUCAUCCGGAAGCUUCUGGACUUCUGCUUCACCAAGAGGGAGCUGAGCUGGUUGGACGACCUGAUCCCCGAGAGCAAGAAGAAGAAAGACGACGACCAGCACAAGGAGUGUCUCCAGGACGGACGGAGGACGUCGGAGGAGACGGAAGACGAGGCGCCGUAUGAGUCGCCCAUCCAGACCCUAAAGGACCGAUCCGAUCCCUCCCAGGUCAACAUCUCUGAUGAAAUGUCUCGCAGCGGCGUCUGGAAGUCGGUGUCCCGGAGCUCGGACGUUAGCAAAGCUCCGCGGCGCAGCGGCAGCCAGGAGAAGCUAGCGAGCGUCCAGAUCACCGUGGAGACGGAGGAGGAGGAGGAGCGGCGGGAUGUUGUCACCACGGAGACGGAGGAGGGGCGGGGCGUCGUCACCACGGAGACGGCGUUGUGAGGGGCGGGGCUUCCUUCGGUGAUGUCACAGCCAGGGGGCGGGGCUCCCGCCUCCACUCCGGAGGGAUGUUUAACUUUCUCAUCGUUUUAUGGUGAAACUCGCUGACUCCGCCCCCCGGAGCCAACAUGGCCGCCCCCCCGGAGCCAACAUGGCCGCCCCCCCGGAGCCAACAUGGCCGCCCCCCCGGAGCCAACAUGGCCGCCCCCCCGGAGCCAACAUGGCCGCCCCCCCGGAGCCAACAUGGCCGCCACCCCGGAGCCAACAUGGCCGCCACCCCGGAGCCAACAUGGCCGCCCCCCCGGAGCCAACAUGGCCGCCACCCCGGAGCCAACAUGGCCGCCCCCCCGGAGCCAACAUGGCCGCCCCCCCGGAGCCAACAUGGCCGCCCCCCCGGAGCCAACAUGGCCGCCACCCCGGAGCCAACAUGGCCACCGCCGCUAACCCUCCUGGAGGGGGCGGGGUCUGGUUCCUUCCUGCCGCUCUGUGAUUGGCCGACAGACUCCAGACGCUCAGCUUGAACUGUUGAAGUUGGUUCCAGACUCGUCACCUGGACGACGACCCGCCUGUUGAUUAGCAUGUUAAUUAACCUGUAAUUAGCCUGUUGAUUAGCAUGUUGAUUAGCCUGUUAAUUAGCCUGUUGAUUAGCCUGCGCUAGCGCCUGCUAGCCUCACCGCCUUGCCUGAAUCAGCUGACGUCUCUCUAGUCCUGAUUGGUCAGGAACUUCUUCAGGAAUCUUUUAAAUUCAGUUUUUUUCACGUUUCAGAAGAUCGUUGUUUACCUGAUUUAAGAUUGUUGACCAAAGUGUUUUCUAAUAAAAUAAAUCUUU